UUCAGCGGAGAAAAGGAAAACCAGACGGGAUCGGUCGAUUUCUGCUUAUUAAACGGAUCGAUUAAUAUCUGUAUAACUUUGGACUAUAUUUCAAAUCAUUUAUAGAGAAUCAUCUUUUUCGGCGAUUUUGUGGUUGAAUCGAGCGGCUGUUAAAGUACUGUAUAACCUGGAGUAUAAAGAACUAUCAUUCUCAGCACACUGGACUGGAAUGACACCAUUGCUCCUCCAAACAUCAGACUAGAGGCCAUUAAAUCCAGCUAUAUACUCGGUUUUGAGUGAAAAUAUGGACUUUAGCAGUGUCACUCUCAAUGUGGAUGUGGAGAAUUCUGUAGCACAAAAGAUUUGGCUGAACCUCCCUUCCUUAAUCUCCCUAGACCUCAUGAACUCUAAAGGUUCACCUCACUCUACAGAGAUGAUCCUGCCACCUGUAUUUCAGGGCUCAGGGCCUGAAGCCUUCCUGCUAUCAAGCCCAGAAUCCCUGCUCACAAUGCUCUCCAUGAAUAUAAACUCCCCAACCUCUCCAGUAGGUGCUCCACAGAUAACUUUUGUGGAUGACGAAAAAGACGUGGCAGAGGCCAGUCACAACCCAAGUCCUCUUCAGCAUGGUUAUUCCACAAAGGAUUAUCAAGAUACCUCCAAAUCACUUUUCUCAGAGCAACACACCAAUGGAGAGUAUGCUAUUCAUACUAACAGAUUCCUUCAAGCACAUGCUACAAUGAUAUCACAAGAACCAGACCCCAGCAUGGAAAACAAUACCUUAAACGAGAUUUGGGAUGGUUCAUCACAAAUGCAAAGAGCUGGCAUGGCGGUGCUAGAGGAGGGACUGACAAUCCAGUCUUUGUGGCUUCUCUCCCAGCACAUUGCCCUGGCGGAUCGAGCCAGUUGCUUACAGCAGAGGGUGUUGACAAUUCUUGGCGAACAUUCCACUCGCCACUAUAGUCACCAACUGCAGGGUUUAAGGAAGAAUCUUCUUGAAGUAAGCUGUUUCCCCAGGUCCCCCAUGGCACCAGGGGAUCUUUGUAGCCCUACAGGUAAUGAAACAUUUAAUGCCAUGGAGGUGCAGGAUAAUGAAGGGACUCUCAGAAGGAGCCUCCAGUUCCCUCAAGCACACAGGGAAUCUCUGAAAUCUAGAGACCUGCAGAAUUUUGUAUGCUGUGGGCAUGCAGUUCUGCAUGGGGUGCUGGAGUCUCUGGACUCAGAUGCCACAGUGAGCAGCUCAGAUGAGGAGUGGGACCAUGAAGACACCAAAAAGACCUCAGCAGAAUCACACUGCCAAGUCUGUGAGUGGAGGUGGUUGACAGACAGAGCUGAAUUGUGCAGUCGCUGGACGUGGCUGCAAAUGAGACUGACUGAGCUGGACUUGCAGAUAAAGCAGCUUGGUGGACUGCACCAGCAGAUCCUUGCUAACAAGGGUCAUGUGGUUUUGGCUAAGUCUCAGCCCCUGACAGACAGGCAGAUCCAGCACACCUUGUGGACAGAGACUAUGGAUCUGUCAGUUACUGCUGGGAACAUCCAAGAUUUUCCCUCUGAUCUAGAGAUGGAACACAGCAGCCCCACACGCCUGCUGAGGAGCAUAGAGAGACAAAGUGCUCAGCUGACUCAGAUUGUGAACAGCCUGAUGCCACCUUUAUGUGCUUCCCCUUCUUCAUCACCUGGGUUUAAAGGAACGUGCAGUCAAUGGAGAGGCCAACGGAAGACAGCUUAUAGCAGACCACAAUACUUACACAAUGUGGGACAGAAGAGGAAGCGAGCAUGCCACAAACGACAGUGCCCUUUUCAGGUGGACAUCACAUGUGUGUCUGCCCGUACUCGCCCCCUUCUGACCUAUCACAAGCCUUAUCUUUUCAUUAUGGAUCCAUCUUCUCACAGAGAACAGGUACUUGAGUCUUCCCCCGGUCUCUGUCCCAGUUUUGCAUCCUGUGACCCUGCAACUGUAUGCACAGAUCUUGCAUGUCCCCACAGAAAAGAAAGAACAGCUGACAAAGUGCAUCCUGUCCUCUCACUGUCAGAGACCCCAUCAUCCCUCCAUCUGCAAAAAGCUCUGUAUGGUAACAACUUGCUCCAGCAAUCUGUUUUCCUGAAAAGUGAACACUCCAGUUCCCACAACUGUCUCAGCUCUGGAGUUUCUCGUUCUUUAUUCCAUUGCAAUCACCGUAUGAAAAACUGGAGGCAGAGGAGUCACAGGAGGGAGAGAACACCCAUACGAUGGCCAUGUACCCGUCGGGUCCACCACGGGGAGGCCAAGAGGAAGCGGCACUGCUCUGAGAGGCCAAUGAGCAUGUAUGGAUUAGAUGAUAUGGCCCAGUCUGAUCUGGACUCCCACAGUUAUGAAAGCCUAAUGGAAGAUAUGCCCAUCGCUUAUGAUGCACCCACACAACAGAGAAACGCACAGUUUCCAUUGCGCAGAAGAAAUGGUGAGAGUAUUUUCAGCAUUGAUGAUGACAUUGUCAUUCCCGUGUCUCUGGUUGCCUCUGUGAGAGUGGAAAAACUUUUGUAUAAGGAUAUUUUGACACCCAGCUGGAGACAUGUGGAUAUUUCAGCUUUAUUAAAGAGAGAAGAAGAUGACCAGGAGGAAAGAGAGUCAGAAGCAAUAGCAGAUGAGGAUUUUUCUCAGAGACACCAGAGUUAUGAGCACAGAGAGAAAUUCUGCUGGUCGUUCUGUGAUCAGAGCAGGAGACACAGCAACAGAAUCAGGUCACCCAUGUGCACUAGUGUAUAUGUCAGAGACCACCCUGCUCACUGUCACCCACCUGUACAGUCUCCUGUCCCCUCCACCUGGAACUCUAGUUCACCUGAAGACCACACAGAAGCCAUUGUCCACUGAUGCCUUGGAAGAGGCGUGUGUUUCCUCUAAGUGAUGAAGAAGAGGAAGCUCUUAGGUGAUGAAGAUAAUGUUGUAUCUGUGUUCAGAGUCUAACUUCUCUCUGCCUUUCGCAGCACUUUCCCUCCCUCUACUGGACACAUUAGGAAUACUUCAGUCAUAAUCAUACUUGGGACAUAAUUGGAAUCAUAUGAAUAAUCCUAGUAAGACUUAUAGUAAGACACGAUAACUAAAAUUUUCACUGGAAGAGAGAAAUUGAAAAGAAAAAGAAAAAUAGACUAAUCUUGUUCUAAUAUGGCGAACUUAAUUUAAUAUAUAGUAGACAGUUAUGUAAUGUAGAAAAACUAAAUGCUUUCCUUGUUUUUUCAUCAGUUUGAUUGAUUAUUCAGUGCUGUUUACAGACUUCUCAAACACCAAAGCACAUCUUCUGGGAUGGAACAGGAAAUGACAUCACACUGAGGAAGAAUCUCAUCCAUCAUGGUGCCACUCUCAGUUACAUAAAUAAAUCGUUCAUCAUUUAAGCUUUUGUGGCACAAAGCAGUAAUACAAAGUUUUUUUAAUACCUAUUUACAAAAUGUGUCCAGUAUAACUCUGGAGUGUUUCCAAAAGUCUCUAAUAUUUUUCGUUUUAACGAUUUUAAACAGUGUUUGUAUCAUACUGUCAUGGCUGUGUAAUUUAUUACUGGUUUAAAAAUCUGUAGCGGGUUUCCUAAGUAUAUUGGUUUCAUUAUUUAUUACUAUAACCUAUUUUUAUGGUGUAUUUUUGAAAUUUUUAAUACAAGUACAGUGUGUUGUUCUGCAGACUUUUUGUCUUUUAGCAAGGGUCUAAUUUACAGGCUUCACCCAUUUUAAAAGGAUAUUAUAAAUUUUUUGGGAUAUUUGGUAACUACAAGAAAAGUUUUGG